AUGAUUUACGCCCGCUUCUUCGCCAAGGCACGGGGCUGCCUCCGUCUCCGCAACCUCCUCCUUCGCCAGUGCCUAGCGGAACUCCUGGGGGUCUUUGUGCUGAUCGUGAUAACGGUCAGCGCUUCGGCCCAGUCUGUCACCAGCGAGGGGACAAAGGGUGGCUAUAUGAGCUCGGCCCUGGCCAGCGGCAUCAGCGUGAUGGUAGCUAUUCACGUUUCAGGCGGCAUCUCAGGAGGGCACCUGAACCCGGCCUUCUCCCUAGCCAUGUGCCUCCUGAGCCAGUGUCCGUGGUGGAAGCUGCCCAUUUUCUCCACUUUUCAAAUCCUGGGGGCUUUCCUGGGCUCGGCCACCGUCUACGCCCUGUACUACGAUGCCAUCCAACACUAUACCAAUGGGACCUUGACAGUCACCGGCCCUCGGGAAACGGCGUCCAUCUUUGCCACCUAUCCAGCCCCCUACCUGUCCCUGCACAAUGGCUUCUUGGACCAGGUGUUGGGCACCGGGAUGCUGCUGUUGGGCAUUCUAGCGUUCAUCGAUUCCCGAAACAAGAACAUCCCGAAAGGUUUGGAGCCUCUGGCCGUGGGUCUGCUGGUCCUCUCCCUCAGCCUGGCCAUGGGGGCCAACUGCAGCUGCGCCAUCAACCCCGCCAGGGACUUGGGCCCCCGGCUCUUCACCUACGUGGCCGGAUGGGGCCCUCAGGUUUUCAGUGCUGGAAACUACUGGUGGUGGGUUCCGAUCGUGGCACCGAUGGUGGGCUCGGCCACCGGCACUGCCGUCUACCAGCUCUGCGUGGAGUUCCACCACCCUCCAGAGGAGGAGGAGGAGGCAUUCACCAUGCCUGCCAAUGAGAAGGUCCACCCAGGGACUGAAAAAGAGGUGGACAUUCCGAUUUAUGUCGUCAACAAGUAUGUGGACACGUGGCUGGACGGGAACUCCGUGGGCAACCCGGCCACAGAGCAUGGCAAAAGGGAAACGGCUCCUUCACCCUAAAGCCAGAGGAAUGAUGGAAGUUUUGAUCACUCCCGUUUGUCUCAUAAUAUUGGGCUGGAUCUGGCCAUCCGUUUUACUGAAUCUCACUCAAUUCUCCUCCUUUCUA